AUGCCAGUCUCCAAAAGUCGUCGUCGGAGCCGAUAUAAACAUGGCAUUUAUGAUAAUGGAAAUGUGUAUAUACCGUACAUUCUUACCGGACGAUGGACGGCUGGCAGACCACUGUGUGUGGUGUGGCUUGUUGUGGAUUACGUGGUGUGUACAGCAUCCACGUUGAACAUUAUGCUGAUUAGCUGGGACCGUUACAUGCUGGUAACUCGUGGUCUCGGUCACCAGGGAUCCCAAACCACUAAGAAGGGCGUUAUUCGAAUGGUAAUGGUUUGGAUGUUAGCAUUCCUUCUCUAUGGACCAGCUAUAAUAUUCUGGGAAUAUAUCGCCGGUGAACGCGUGGUACCGGACGAUCAGUGUUAUGUUGAAUUUUACGACAAUUUUCCUUUCAAAUUGACGGCAGCAAUUAUGGAGUUCCUGACACCGCUCAUCAGUAUCUCUUAUUUCAACCUGAGUAUAUAUCUCAAUAUUAGAUGGCGGUCAAGAGGCGGAUUCCUGAACAGUGAAAAACAGACCAAUUGUUUUAGUUUGUGUCGAUCCGCUAAAAUUAGUCCCGCACAACGACAAUCGGGUAGCAAUGUGCAUCCAAGUACCAUUUCUCACCACUCGGCUCUCUCACGCGACAAAAAAACUGCCAAGUCCCUUGCUAUAUUGGUAGGUGUUUUCUCUCUAUGUUGGACACUGUACACGUUUCUAUCUUUGAUUAUUUCAUUGUGUCAAGACUACAUAUUUCAUAUAUUCGUUUACUCCCCAGUAGAAGCGGUCGGACUUGGUCCUAAACCGACCCUAGCAUACCACCUACCAACUGCCUUCCAAUACACACACAGUGCCGCUAAUGAUUUAGGCA